AUGCGAUCGGUGAAGCUGACCAUGCUAUCUACAGCGGGGAUUAUUGUCGUGCUUGCGCUGCUGGGCAGGACCGUCCCGGCGGUCGAGGCCAACGACAGUCAGAACCUUAACCGGCUGCUCAACAAUCAGGUCAUCGUUAGCCGGCAGAUCAUGUGCGUGCUGGAGAAGAGUCCGUGCGAUCAGCUGGGCAGACAGCUGAAAGCCGCCCUGCCGGAAGUGAUACAGCGGAACUGUCGAAACUGUUCGCCACAGCAGGCCCAGAAUGCCCAGAAGCUGACUAAUUUCCUGCAGACGCGCUACCCGGAAGUGUGGGCAAUGUUGAUACGCAAAUACGGUGCCGUCUAA